UUGCCAUGGAGACGAGUCCGGAGGCUGCACGCGCGCUCACGCACAAAGCCUGAAGCCGCCGGCUCUGCCCGACUGCACUGAGGGGGAGGUUUGUCUGGGGCCGUAGUUGCGAGACGGGGGUGGUGUCGCUGUUGGAGGGCUAUGGUUGGUCAGCAACCCCUUUGAAUGCCAGGGAAUCAAAGGGUGAUACAAUGAGAGCUUUUCUGAAGAGUCCCGAUGGCAUUUUGGCAUUGAGGCCAAAGAUCACCACUGUAGGAAGGCAUGAAGACUCGGACAUUAUUCUGAAGUCUCUAGGAAUUGAAGAUCACCAUGCAGCCAUCGAAAUCAGCGAUUCAGAAAACAGCUUCAUUCUUCGGGAUUUCAACUCGACCCACGGAACGUUCGUUAAUGAUUGCCACAUCCAGAACGCAGCAGUGAAAGUGAGCCCUGGAGACAUUUUGCGGUUUGGCUCCAAUGGGACAAUCUUUGAGCUUGUGCUAGAAAAUGCACCUCAGGUGUUCUGUCCUCCAGUGAGUCGCCGUGUGGCCUGGCCAGGGCAGCUCCAGAUAGUCACAGAGAAAAAAAUCCCUCCAGCAGCAGCUGCUUCUCAGUUGCCAUUCCUUCAGUCUCAACAGUCCCUUCCCAUUAGCCAAAGCUGGUCCUAUGGAACAAGUGGGACUUCGCCGCAUCCACCGCUCAGAAAAAGGCCUGUAAAUGCUUGGGGUAGAGCAGUCUCUUCGCCUUCCUUCUCUCCUGAUGCUUUCAGCAGGCCUCCUGCAGCAAUACAAGGAGACGGGACUGCUGCUGGUACUUUGACGAACGUUAUUCAAGGGGAUGCGCUUCUCAAGGAAAGGGACGAGGUAAUUUUGAAACUGGGGAAUGAAAUCAGUCGCCUCUCUGGCUUUGAAAGCGAGUGCAAUCACAAAGACACGGUGAUAGCGAAUCUUCAAAACGAGAUUGCAGCGAUGACAGAGAAGAUGAUGGCAGCUCUUACCAGGAAGGAUUCUGAGUUUCAUCAGAAACUGGUGGUUCUUGACCAAGACGUUGGCGCAAAGACAGAAGAGAUCAAAGCCUUGAAAGAGGAGGUUUGCAACUUGCAGAGAAACACCAGCGAAGUGUUAUACCAUUCUCUUUCUGAGCGAGACCUACAGAUUGCACACUGGAAGCAAGAGAGCGAGACACUGAAAAAGAGCUAUUCUCUUACAGCAGGGCUGGUGACCAGUUUGCAGAAAGACACUACAUCAAAGGAGCAGAAAAUCCAACAGUUAAAAAUGGAUGCUGAGAAAUUAAGGCGGGAAAGCAGGGAGAAGGACCACCAGCUCGCCCACGUUUCUGCCCAGUGUGCUAGGAUUAAAGAGGAAACGAAGCGCGAAUUCAGGGACAGAGAAGUAAAUGCUUAUCAGAAUCGUGUCAGUGAGCUGGAGCUACAGGUGAAGAGAUCCGAAGAAGAAAUAAAAAAGUGCCGUGCAGAGCAGGAAACUUUAACGAAUAGACUUCUUGAAAACACAAAGGCUGAAGGGGACUUGAAAAAGGAGUGCGAGAAGAGAUCCCAGCAGUUACAGGAAAUGGGACGCAGAGAGCGCCUCAUUAAGUUGGAUCUGGAUCUGGCAGAAACUCAGGCGCUGCGCUUUCGAAACCAAGUGAUUGAAACACUCUUUUCACAACUUCCAGAGAAGACGGUAACAGAUCAGCAGAUUGUUGAGACGAUCGUACAAAUCCAGGCAACCAGUGAGGAGUAUUGCCAAAGGGAGGCAUUGCUGAGAGAGGAAAUACACGUUAAGAACUCCGAAAUCGAAGAAGUGUCUGAAAAUGUUGAACUGUUGAAAAAAUCACUGGAUGGGUUUCAGGAGUUUUUGAAAGGUUCCUACUGUAGCAACAGCUUGAGGAAAGAGAUUUGUAAUCUUCAAAACCUGUGCCUGACCCCGCCUGCCUCGGGGGUCCAGACCUCGACAGCUGGAGUCCUCUGCAGUUUACUGAGCUGGCUGGAUGCGGUGGAAUGUCUUCUGCGAGAUGUGGGGAUUGACAUGUCUGGCUCUGAAAAAGGAAUGGCCUCCUACAUGAAGAAACUGCUGGACAAACACUGUGACACCAUGGGCAAGCUCCAGACACUACAGAACCAGCUACAGAUGGCAGGGGCAUCUCAGGAUUCUCUCCUGCGGCAGAAACUGAAAGAACUGAAAGAAAAACUAGAGGAGGAAUUUUGGGACAGAGAGCGAGAACUUCUGGAGGAUGAGAAGGAACACAGAAAGAUUGUGGAGGGGGUGGCUGCGCUGGAGGCGGCAAAGUUAAGGGAAGCCAUUGAUGAGGAAAAGCGAAAGGUCCAAGAUUUGGAAGCGCGGAUGAAACGAUCGGCUGAGGUAAUUGAGCUUAAAACAAAAUCAGAGGAAGCUUUAAAUGCCAAGAUAAGAGAGACUCUGGAGAGCUUAGAAGAGGCUAAGAGGAGGAAGACUGUGGCAGAAGAGAAAUUAACUAUCUGGGAGAACCGCUUAAAGAGCUUUGAGAAUGAGAACGAGACGCAGACGCGGAAGCAUCGGGAGGAGAUAUCGGAAUAUAAGGAACAGAUCAAGCAACACUCCAAGACGAUAGUGGAUUUGCAGAGCAAAUUCUUGGAAGCUGCCCAGCAGCUGCAGAAGGCAAAGGAUGAAAACGCAAGGCUUCAGAAGCAAAUAGAAGAAAUGCCAAGGGAACCUUGCAAGUUGUUGCCAGCCCAUCCACUAGAGGUUUCUGCUGCGGAAGGGUCCCAUGUUUUCCUGAAGGCGGAAUUAGUGGCUGCAAAGCAUGAAAUCGUGACCAACCAGGCUCUCAUUUCCGAACUAAAGAAGGAACUCUCGGAAGCCAGAGCCAGGGUGUCUGAUGUGAUUGGAGAACUCAGCGAAAAGCAGAAGAUGGAGCUGGAGCAGAAACGGCGUCUUGUCCACAGCCAAGCCCACGAACUUAACCAUCUCCGAGAGAAACUGUUUGAGAUGUCCAAGCUCGUGGACCAGAAAGAGGUGGACCUCCAAGUGCAAAGCGAAGAAUUAAGGAUCAGCAGAGAGAAGCUGAAAGAGCUGAUGGCGGAGGUGGAAGAAAAGCCGGGAGAACCUGAGAAAAUUGUGCAAAACAAGAGUGUGCAGACGAGGGAUUCCUCCCCGGAUGAGGCCCCCACAACCAGAAAGGUACCAGCCUUGGACCUAGCCGAUCUGGGAGCAAGGUGCAAAGGCUCCAGGCACGAGGAAAUCAUCCAUCGCCAGAAAGAUGCCCUGGCUGAGCUGCGGCAAAGAGUCAAAAUGCUAGAAAGGGGUCACCCGUUGGAUUUUGAAGAAAAGAUUGGAGAGCCCCUUAUAGUGAUUAAAAAAGGCCUAACAGAGAAGAGAGAACGCAAAACGGAGGAAGAGCAGGUGACAGCAUUGAUGGCAGCAGCGGAUGCUAAAAAGCUUCAAAGCAGUGUUUCCAGGCCAGAUCCUAACGUGACGAUAGAGAGGACGGCAAAGCUGGAAAUGGCCGAUGCUUUAGACUUCAGUGAGAACAUGUACCUCAGCCUGAUUCAGGACCUUGCCUGCCUGAUGAAUGUCAAGGACCUGACAGGCCUGCAGACAGUGAAGCACCUUCCCCACUAUGAACGGGAGAAGGUUGGGAUGAGGCGGCAAAAGGACCUCGAGUUGCUCUUCGACAAGAUCAGCAAGCUCAAGAACCGUCUUGAACGAAAAGAGUCGCUGCUGCAAGAGUACGAGAGAGAUGUCGGGCACUUCAGGACGAACAAGCAGACUUUGCAAGCCUAUCGGUCCGAGAUGGCCAAAUUAGCUGACAAGAUCUACAGAGAAGCUGAAGAGAAGGCUCUGCUGAAAGAAGCUCUGGAGAGGACAAAAUUGCAGCUGACUCAGGAGAAGAGGCUGAACAGGGCUUUUAAACAGCAAAAGAAUCAUUUAGAGGAGAAGAGGAGGGAGAUUCCGUCAUGUCACGCCUGUACUCUGAAAUUCAGGGAUAGGAAGGCAGCUACUUCAAAGAAACCAUCCCCUGAAAAUCAGAAGACAGUUGAGAGGCCUGAAGAAGUGUGUAAGAAACAAGCACACUGCAGCGCCUCUGCAUAGAAACCAGUAGAGGACACACAAUCCUGCCAGCUCCUUGUCCAAGUUUGUAAAUACGAGAAGAUGCUGCAACAUCUUGUAAAGCACAUUGUGUAUGUAUGUACGUAUUUACUUGUACAGAUGAUGGUCUUGAUUACUAGAACUGUAUUGAGACGUAACACAAAAUUAUGUAUAAAUUCUUAAGCA